AUGUCCUCUACUCGCAGACGCACAAAAGUAAUAUCCUAUUUCUGCGACAACUCAGACCCGGGCUCCGAUUUCGAGCCGAAGACGAAAAGACCAACGAAGCGACGGAAAACAAAGAAAGCACUAGCUAGCGCUGAUUCAGAAGACUAUGAACAUACUGCUGCUGCGGAGGCUAACUUCGACAUCGGGAAGGCUGUUUCGCACCCUGUUUCGCUCCACAGUAUCAAACACCCCGUUGCUAUCCAGCGAUGUCUUCUCGAUUGGUAUGCUGGUGUACACCAAAAUAGAGGCAUGCCAUGGCGGAAACCAUUCGAUCCUACAUUAGACGCGCAAGGGAGAUCACAAAGAGCCUAUGAGGUAUGGAUAUCAGAGAUCAUGUUGCAGCAAACGCAAGUUGCAACAGUGAUUCCGUACUAUAAACGUUGGAUGGAGAGGUUUCCGACAAUCACCGACCUCGCAAAAUCAGAUAUCGAAUCUGUUAAUGCGCUCUGGAAGGGUCUCGGUUACUAUUCACGCGCUGCAAGGCUACUUUCUGGUGCUCAGAAAAUAGUUAAAGAGUAUGGUGGACUCUUCCCCGACAAUGCGAAAGAUAUGAUGGCGAACGUACCAGGAAUCGGAAGAUACAGUGCAGGAGCUAUAUCAUCUAUAGCAUAUAAUCACUGUGAAUCUGUAUUAGAUGGUAACGUAAAUCGACUGCUCAGCCGCGUGCUCGCUCUGCAUGCGAACCCAAAGAGUAAGGCAACUCUGGACGUCCUGUGGGAUGGUGCGGCUGCAAUGGUGAAGGACACCGAAGAACCAGGAAAUAUCAACCAAGCAUUGAUCGAGCUCGGAUCGACGGUAUGCAAGCCUCGAGACCCGGAUUGUGCAGCUUGUCCGCUCAGGGACUACUGUAAUGCUUAUCGAGAGUCCAAGGGUCGUUUGCCAGAAGAGGACGACAUCGAGGAACUUUGCACGCUGUGCGAACCAGUUCUGUCUAGUGAAGAUACAGGUGUAACACGAUAUCCAAUGAAAGUCGAACGCAAGAAAGCACGCGAGGAAGUAGACGUUGUGAAUGUCGUCGAGUGGCUUAGUCCUCUUGGGAAACGGUAUUUCCUACUUGUCCGCAGACCAGAUAAAGGUCUGCUCGCUGGGCUGCACGAGUUCCCUUCACGCGCAAACGUCCAAGAAGCCGAUACCCCAGAGAAACUACGAAGCGUCGGACAAGAUGUCCUACGCGACGUCCUUAGCUCUCCCCCACUAUUCAAACCGACUUCUUCGAGACCACGUGCGCCAGACGGUUCUUCUACAAAAGUUGAGCAAGAUGGUCUGAGAAUCGUUAAGAUGAAACCCGCAGGUGACGUCCUACACGUCUUCUCACAUAUUCGCAAGACGUAUCGCGUGCAGUGGAUCCUUCUCGAGGGUACAGUAACAGAAUCAAAUUUGGAUUCCGGUGUGGAAAAGCCACCUGCACUUAAGGCUCAUUAUGCUUGUUCACCACCUAAUGGAUCUGUGAAGAGUGAAAAGACAAGAACGAAGAAAGGCAAGGCAGGCAAGGAUGUGGAUGACGAGGACGAGGAAAUGGAGAAGUCUAAGAAGCCUGCACACUCUCCUGGUUUGAAGAAUAAAGACCCGGCUUUACGAUGGGUUGAGAAUGAGGAUGUCCAGCAUGCUAAUAUUGGCACGGGAGUUAUGAAAGUCUGGAAGAAGGUUAACGAACUUUGGACGGAUAGUGAAUGA